AUGGCUGCAGAAAAUAUUGAUUUGGGGAUAAUUCCAGAAACAAAUGAAUUCGACAGAGAGUAUGCUGGCAAGGGCUCUUUCAGAAAUUCAGGUUCCUUAAAUAAUGGUUGCAGUACCAAUUCUGAUCGCCGUAGAACAUCCAUGGGCUUGUAUCGUGCUGGAGACUAUUCAACAAGGAACUCUUCUGGAAACCUGGAUUCUUCAAAUAAUAGCCAACAUGGAUUUCCUCAUUAUCUGAGAGCUUCAACUGGUUCUUGCCAUGAUUUCUGCAAUUAUGGUAGAAAACAUGCAUUUGAAGAGAAGGCGAGGCACCCUUUUCUGAAGAGAAUGACAAAAGCUGAGUCAAUCAAACAGAAUCCUGUGAAGACGACAGUUCCAGCUGAGAUAAAUAAGGUUCUUGCUCUCGUUGUUGCAUCUCAUGGCUUUGGGGUUGAUUGGAGGGUAUGGGUAAUGAAGGAAUUCGAGCUGGCUGAAACAUGUCAAAUGAUGUUCAUUGUGCGAACUUCGAAACGACAUUUAGAGGUUAUGUUUGCAAAGUAG